AUGGUUGUUCUCUCUGAACUCUCAGAAGGAUCUUCAUCCUCUUCAUCAACACAUAGUCAUAGUUCACAAACUCUUGGCCAUAGUUCAUCAACUCAUGGCCAUAAAUAUGAUGUAUUUUUAAGUUUUAGAGGUCUCGACACUCGUGAUAGUUUUACUAAUCACCUUUAUGAGGCCCUUAUGCAUGCCAAUAUCACUACAUUCUUAGAUAAUGAAGAGAUUGAAACAGGGGAAGAUCUAAAACCAGAAUUGGAGAAUGCAAUUAAGGCAUCUUGGGCUUCAAUUAUCAUUUUGUCUAAGAAUUAUGCUACUUCAACAUGGUGCUUGGAUGAAUUGGUGUUGAUCCUUGAGCAGCGUAUGACAUCCAACCAUAUUGUCAUCCCUGUCUUUUAUCAUGUGGAGCCCACACAUGUUAGGAAGCAACAAAGUAGCUUUGGAGAUGCAAUGGCUAAGCAUAAACGGAUGAUGGAGGCAGAGACAAAUGCAAGUAAAAGAAGUCAAUGGGCUCAGAAGAUGGAUAGAUGGAAUAAAGCGCUUAUAGAAGUUGCUAAUUUAAAAGGCAAGGAUGUAAAUGGAAGGCUAGAGACAGAGUUUAUUGAAGAAAUUGUGAAAGAUAUCUACCGUAGAUUACAUAUACCCUUAAGGAGUGUUCGGCCACAACUUAUUGGGAUGGAGUUUUCCAUUGAGUUCAUCACUUCUUGGUUGAAAGAUACAUCCUCACAUACAGCAGACAUACUCACUAUUUUGGGCAUGGGUGGGAUCGGGAAGACAUCUUUAACCAAAUAUGUCUAUGAGUUACAUUGUCGUGAUUUCCACACAUGUAGCUAUAUUGAAGAUAUUAGUAGGAGAUGUGAUGCAAAGUUUAAUGGGUUGCUUGACUUACAAAAACAACUAUACGAUAACAUUUCAAAGACAAGUUCAUUUGAAUUUCAUGAUGUUUCAAUAUACACCUCAAAGAUAGAGAAUGCAUUAUCCCGUAAAAAGGUGUUUCUAGUUCUUGAUGAUAUCGAUAGUCUUGAUCAAUUGGAUGCAUUACUUGGAAGCAAAGGUUUUCAUCCCGGAAGCAAAAUUAUAGUAACCACAAAGGACUCAUGGUUGACAGAGAGUUGUGCAUUAUUCAAAUCAAAUAUUAUUAAACCGAAACAUGUAGAGCACAUGCUUCGAGGCUUACAUGAGACUGCAUCACUACAACUUUUAUGUUUUCACGCAUUCAUGCACAACCAUCCCAAGGAAGGUUAUGAAGAAGUGUUAUAUAAAUUUGUGAAGUAUUGUGAAGGGCAUCCACUAGCUCUUGAAGUUUUGGGCAAGUCUCUACAUAAUCAAGAUAUAGCUUAUUGGGAAGGUUGCAUAGAAGGACUACAGAAAGAAAGUGGGUCCCAUAUAAAUAAUGUCUUGAAAAUGAGCUUUGAUUCUUUGCCAUAUAAAAAUGAUAAGGAAUUGUUUAAGCAUAUUGCUUGUUUCUUUGUCGGAAUAGAUAGAGAUGUUAGUGAAACAAUAUUAAAGGCAUGUGACAUAAACACAAAAUCUGGAAUCACAAAUCUCAUUGAUAGAUUCCUUCUUAGCAUUGGAGGGUUUAACGAAUUAAAAAUGCAUCAAUUGGUUCAAGAGAUGGGAAGGUUUGAAGUACGUCGAGAAUCACUUGAAAAACCAUGGAAGCGAAGUCGGUUAUGGUGUCAUAAGGAGUCAUUCAAUGUGUUAAAAAAUAAAAAGGGAAAAGGAAAUAUUCUAGGUCUUACUCUUGACAUGCGCAUGCUUGAGAAAGAGAAGAUGGAUGUAUCAUUUGAGCUGAAAACAAAUGCAUUAAGUAACAUGGAUAGUUUGAUGCUACUACAACUCAAUUUUGUCCACAUGAAUGGGUCUUAUGAUAACUUUCCGGAGGAAUUAAGAGGCUUGUGUAUGCAUGGGUUUCCAUUAAAGUCUAUACCUUCAGACUUACCUAUGGAGAAUCUUGUUGCUCUUGACAUGUCAUAUAGCAAUAUUGAAACAUUUGUCAUUCGUCACAGUGAUCCAAAACGACUUGACAAGAGGCAAAAAUUGGAUGGAGUGUGCUUAAGAGACAAAAGGUUGCUUGGAUCAUUAAAGAUUCUUAACUUAAGUUUUUGUAAACAACUCCAUAGUCUUGGUGACUUCGAUCAACUCCCAACACUUGAGAGAUUAAUAGUUAGAAAUUGCACUGGUUUAGUUGAGGUUUGUGAAUCAAUUGAGCAAUGUGUUGAACUUGUCUUUAUCGAUCUGAGCUACUGCAACACGCUUGAAAAACUUCCAAGAAACAUAUGCAUGUUAAAGAAGAUUAAAACACUCUUACUAGAUGGUUGUAAUCUCGGAAAAUCUCAAAUCAAGAAUAAGGAUAUGAAUUCAUCGGAAAGGCACAAGGCUAACAACAUAGUCAUAAACACAAGAACCUCUUCCUCCACCUUUGUAGGUGUUAUACCACGUGAUUUGAAACUCUCUUUGAUUUCUUCACCAAGCUCUUUAGUAAAUUUGUCACUUAUAAGGAAUAACUUGUCCACCAAAUCGUUUCCCAUGGACAUGAGCUCCCUAUCCAUGUUAAAGAAAUUACAUAUAGAUGAGAAUCCUAUCGAUUCUUUGCCCAAUUGUGUGAGAACCCUUCCUAAGCUGGAGAAGCUUAGUAUGAUGAAUUGUACAAAAUUGAAGUCAGUCGAGCAUCCUCCACGUACACUAAGAGAGUUGUUUAUCCAUUCUCGUAAAACUUUGCUAGAAAAAGUUGUAUUUGAUCCAGAAAUGUCCCCACUAGAGUUUAUGUAUAGCUUGAUAGAUUCCAGACCUUCUUCAUAUGAAAUCGAAGGCAUGAUCAAAAUCCAACCAAUUGUCGAUGUUGAGGAAAAAGUAUUACAUAGCUUGGGUUGGAUUAAUUUAGACUUCCUUAACGACAUGCAUGUGGGAACAAAUUCGUGGAAAUCUGAAAUCCAGAUGAUUUAUGAAUUUGGGAUAUUCAGCAUAAUGUAUGAGCCAAAGAAGAUGCCGAAUUGGUUUACACAUAGAAGCAAGGGGAACUCGAUAUCAUUCACCAUUCCAUCAUAUCCAAACAAGAUUACAGGACUUAACUUCUGCUCUAUACACAUAUUGGCAUCUCCUGAUGAGAGGCUUCCAUUUCCAUGUGAUCAUUUCCCCCUUACCCCAAUGAUCACAGUUAAUAAUAUAACAAAAGAUCAUAUGUGGAUAUAUGAGCGUCAUAAAGACAGAUUUAGUGAAGGUCGAGAGUGUUACACGUUGUUAAGUCAUUGGAUGUUGGGGAUGAAUGAGAUGGAGGGUGGUGACAAUGUUACUAUUACUGUUACACUUCCAUGUAAUGAAAUUGUAAAGGAGUGUGGGGUGAGGGUUGUGUAUGAUGAUGGAAACAUGGAUGAGGAAGAAGAUGCAUUGGGUUAUUACAAGUCAUGGAAUCAUAUUAUUGGUGGUUUUCUCUCUCCUUUUCAGUUAACAACAGGAGAAUACAUCCUCCAUAAUUGGCAAUUUUUUUGGCCUGAUGUUAAAAUGUAUCCAUAUUAUCGUAAGUUUGUUGCAGAGGGUGCCAACUAUCAAGCUAGAUAUCAAGUACAAGAUAAUGGGUGGUUUAGAGCUUUAUCGAAAAGAAAGCCCCACAUAAUUGGUGACACACAUGAGGUCUGAACUAAUGAUCUGGGUAUCAAUUGGAUAUUUCUGGAGCUCAAUUUUCCAUGUAAACUUUACAUAAUUUUAUAUUAUAAUGACUAUAGUGCGACUUAUUUUUGGAGUAUAAUGACUAUAGUUUACUUACUUUUAGAUUAUAAUGGCUAUAGUUUACUUAUUUGUAAAAUAUAGUGCUAUAAUAGUUAAUUAGUUAUGAUAACUAUAUAUUUAACUUAUCACUAAACACGG